AUGCCGGUAACAGUGUUUGUUUGGUUUUUGAUUACCUGUAAGGUGUGGUCGCAAGUCGUUGGAAUCCAAAUAAACUACAUCAAGGUGCCUAUGGCCGUCAAGAAUGACUCCAAAUCAGCAAUAGUUCUGGAUUGCGACUAUUCAUUACGACCAGAUGAUACGUAUUUAGUAGUUAAAUGUAUACCAGUGGAUUCCCCCUCAAGCCCCGCAAAGCUACGGGGUAUUGAAGAACAAGGUGGACUUGAAAUAUAG